AUGAAGGAUUUUCCUUCUUGCUUUGGUGAAAAUGGCGUUCAAGUUGCGGAUUCAUCGUCUUCAAACUCCGGGAAAAAUGCCCAGAAUUUGGUCACUUGCGUCUACCAGUGUCGUAUUCGGGGAAGAAAUUGCUUGAUCACAGUCACAUGGACUAAGAAUCUGAUGGGUCAGAGUGUAACCGUUGGAGUUGAUGAUUCUUGUAACCAAAGUCUGUGUAAAGUCGAGAUUAAGCCGUGGCUGUUCACGAAACGAAAAGGGUCAAAGAGUUUAGAGGCGUAUUCUUGUAAUAUUGAUGUUUUCUGGGAUCUAUCAUCCGCAAAAUUCGGAUCAGGACCUGAAGCUUUGGGAGGAUUCUAUUUGGGUGUUGUUGUAGACAAAGAGAUGGUUCUGCUUCUUGGUGAUAUGAAAAAAGAAGCUUUCAAGAAGACCAACGCUUCGCCUUCAUCUCUAGGUGCUGUGUUUAUUGCCAGGAAAGAGCAUGUCUUUGGUAAGAGAGUGUUUGCAACAAAAGCUCAGCUUUGCGCGGAUGGGAAAAUCCAUGAUCUUGUCAUUGAAUGUGACACGAGUCUCACUGAUCCUUGUCUCAUUGUUCGUGUGGAUGGAAAGACAUUGUUGCAGGUGAAGCGGCUUAAGUGGAAGUUUCGUGGAAACGAUACAAUAAUUGUUAAUAGAAUGGCUGUGGAAGUUCUAUGGGAUGUUCAUAGUUGGCUCUUUGGGAUGUCUCCGGCGGGAAAUGCCGUGUUCAUGUUCAGGACUUGUCAAUCUAAUGAGAAGAGCUUGUCUUUCUCACAGGACAUGACAACAACGAACUCCAAGUCUCAAAGUUUUGGUUUUUCGUUGAUUCUGUACGCUUGGAAGAACGAGUAG